UUCGAAAUAAACAAAACAAAACAAGCUACAAGUAAAAUACAAUUGGAGUCAUACUGCCAACGAUGGAAAAUCAUAGAAACUUAUUUAAGGUGACAUCUGGAGAUUUAAGACGCCAAAACUAUAUUGAAUCUAACCGCGAGCACCGUCGCGUUGCUCGAUGCAAAAAGCGCGAGGAUCUAUUUCAAAAAAAUCGCAGUACAAGUCUCAUUCAAACACUGUCGGAGGCGACCCUAGAAAAGCAAGUGAAGUUAAAUAAUCUGCAGUUCUCAGCUGCAAAUAUCGACCAGGAAAAUAAACUUUCUUCGCAAAAUGAAAUUUCCACGAAUAAUAAAAUGUCAAAACGUCAUGCUAAUUAUUUGCAACGCUUUCUCAAAUGGAAAUCGAUUGAUAAGUACCAAGCUUCCGAAAAACACGGCAAUGGAUGCAAGAACAGGCAAGCCUUAUCGCAGCCAACUGCAUCAAUUGAAUCAGAGAAGGAGGACAAAAGACGCUCACUAUAUGUUUUUAACAAUAUACCAAAGAGCCCAUCAACAGCAAAAAAUUGCAAAUAUCCAGAUAUAAAUAAGAUAUCAACAGUGCCAUUCUCUUUUCAACAAAAUUUUGAAAAGAAACCCGAGAAAUCGUUAGCUUCUGCCGCUCCUCACACUACAAAGAAAAAAACACCUGCAAAUCGGACAAUAAAUUCUUCUAUUGCAAAUGUUGUGAAGUCAAACCAGCUAAUAGAUGAAGUAAAACCAUUUGUUUUUGGAGCGAAACAGCAAGAGGUUAAAGCAAAGCCUCAGUCUGGACUAUCGAAUCGGCCUGCGGUAAAUCCCCUGAAAGUAGCAGGUGAACCUAUAAGGGAAAAGCCUGCAAUUCAAAUUAAGCGAAAUCGACUACCGGCAAAACCAACAGUACGAUCAGUUAAAAGCACAAUUGCACAAAAUGGUGUGACCAAUUUGUUCGAAUCACCCGCAACUAGAGCAAACUCUCGAGGAGGUCGUGCUGUCCAACUGAAAACAUUGGUACAGAGAAGGGGUGUUAACCCUCUAUCCUCAGAGCUGUCAGUACGCAUGAAGGCUGAAAACCCACACUGCAGACAAAACCAAAUUAGACAGAAGCUUUCUACAAAAUUGAAUCUUCAAGAAAUAUGCAAUUUAAAGACACCAUUCACUUCUGACCUUAGAGCACAGGCAACAAGUCAGAAGAAGUCAUACAAGAAUGACGCCAAUAUAUUUAAGUCAAACGGAGACACUUUCAAUAAAUCUACUAUGGCAAGUUGGGAGCCAAAUGGGGCACCUCAUGCCGCCAAGAAGCAGCUGUCGCCUUUGCCGUCGAAAGUAUUGGAGUUAGAGAGCAGUCUGAACGCAGGAAAGGAUGAAAUUGCUACUUUGGCUCACAACAAUUCAGAAACUCCCGUUGCAGUACGUCGCAUAUUGGACACUGUUACAUACUUUCGAUUCCAGCUGGAUAAUGAAAUUAAACGCCUUCAUUGCCUCUGCGAUGAAUGGAAUUUGUAUAGCAACAAAAAUGAAGAGCGACUUUUAGAGACUGGGGCUAAGGAUAGUAUAGAUGCGGCUAUUGGGCAAACUAAAUUGCUUACUAGCAAAAAAUUUAUGCAGUUCAAAGGUCUAAUUGAUCGCUGUGAAGCAGGAGCUACAGGAAGAGAUCAGCUUCCAAAUGAUGGCAGCGAGGCUUCUAAGCCCGUCUUUGUUGAUGACUUAGAGGGGUGGUGGGAUAUGUUGCGCUUGCAAAGCGAAAAUGUAGAUAAGCGAUUUGAUAAUCUGCAGCGCUUAAAAGCAAAUAAUUGGAUUGAUCCAGACACAGAGACGUUGCCUAAAGCAAAACCUAAAGCAGGCCCAAUAACUAAGCGAAAGACCGCCACUAAGCCAAGCAGCGACUUAAGAUCUUUUUUGCGUAAGGCAUUUGCAGAAAAUCGAAAAAAACAAGCAGCUCAAGAGAUUGCCGAGGAAAGCAAUCAGUUGAAUCAAACUCCGAAACGUUGCUCACAGUAUCGUCACAUUUUUGUUCGCGAUCGCAAAUCGUUUUCACCAGUUCCUACCGUGCUUCGCGUGUCUAAUGGCAGUGCAAAGCGUGGGUCAACGGGAGUAAAAAGUUUACUAAAGUCUGCUAUUAUUGGCGCAACGGAGCACUUAGCUCGUGAGCAAGUGACACCAACCAGAGAGCAGCCAAUAUCUAUUUUAAAAACGCCAGGAACCAAGAGACGUCAAUCUACGACCAAUCGAAAUGUCAUAUUCAGCGCAAAAAAAAAGGUUCGUCGUUUCCAGUUCACAUUUGAGGAAGGUAAUGUCAGUGGAGAUGAGGUGGACCUGCGAUCUGCGAAAUUAGAUGACUGUGAGGAAGACAUGAGCUUGGAGAGAGUCUCUUUGCACGACGGCCAGUCAGUAACUUCAACGAUUGGGGAGAAUUGUCCGAUUACGCCUAGAACUUAUUCACUGCGUAAUCGUGUAAUAAAACUUAGGCCGUCAUCGGAGUUUAUGUAAAAUAUUCUGGACCGUUGAAAAUGUAUAGUCAGCGUAUAAUG